AAAGGGAUCGGAGCAUGUGAAUUAACUUUCCUUUUCAAGUCUGAAUUAAUUUAGAAGUAUAGACAGUAUUAUAUAUAUAUAUUGCUUAAAAGGAAUUGAAGUCAGAUUAAUACCCUGAAACCUUUGCUGCACAAACCCCCAAAUCGAAACCUAAAAUCACACCCUAAGGUAAGCACUCUUAGUUCUGGUAAGAUUAAUGAUCAGAAUUAUCCGGCGCUAGACGAAGGGAGCAGUUUAUUUAGGGUUUUGAUUUGAGGAAAAACUGAUAGGCAAUGGAAAAGCUUUCAAAUCAUCAAAUUUCAACAGUCAUCCUGACCAAAGGGGCUCUUACAAACCCAGAAAUUCCCGAACAUGUCAUCAUCCAAAACAUCCUCCUCAAGCUUCCUGUAAAAUUCUUGCUGCAGUUGAAGAGCGUUUCCAAAGUUUGGUACAAUCUGAUCGGCAGUCCUGAUUUCAUCAGGCAAUACAACUCUUAUUCUCUUGCCAAGGCCAAUGGGGGGCGCUUAAUGUUAUUUUAUGACCCUCAUUACUAUCAUCUUUUCAUCAAGAACAUGGAAGGAGAUGUUCUUUGGAAAAUCUAUCUCCGGAGUAUGGACAAUGUUUUCUCAAACAUUUUCCGCGGCCUUAUAUGUUUCUACAACGCGACCGAGAACCAAGCGGUUGUGCUCAACCUCACCACACAUGAGACGAUAACUCUCCCUCGUCUUCGAUAUCAAAGAAGAUCCCUGCUGCGUUUGGGGUUUGAUCACAUUGCUAAAAAGUAUAAGGUUGUCUAUUUUGAUAGUGCACAAUGCAGGAUUCUCACAUUGGGAGCGGGAAUAAAAGGAAAGAACUCUUGGAGGACGGUCCCGAGUAAAGGACUACUGCCUUCAAUCCGAGGGAAUUGGAAUGUAGAUAAAGUUGAAUCAGACAGCCUGAUUCAUAUUGACGGAUGGUUGUAUUGGAUAGCGACAAAAACACACAAAAUUUGUUAUUUGGAUCUGAAUGAGGAAAGGUUUGGGACUAUUCCACUUCCACAGGAGGUUCAACAUCUCAAAUGGAGCGGUAGGAUUACAGAAUACAAAGGGAAGUUGGGAAUCGUACGGGUACCUAAAAAUGGGGAGCUAAGUUUGGAGUUAUGGAUAUAUGAUGGCGAGGGUGAGGGCCGUGAGGCUGCUGUUGUUUGGACAGUGGAGAGUUUAGAGCUGAAGAUAGGACGCGAUUUUGUAAUCACGAAUGCACUUUGUGGAAGUGAAAUCAUUUUGGAGAUCACACCUGACCUCAGCAAUUCAGUUAUUGAUUCGGGGAGUCGUAGGAGAUUCAUACCCCAACUCCUCCUCUGCAAUAAGACGGGAGAGUGUGAACAAAUUCCAACUGCUCUUGGUACAUUUGUUAGCAUCCCAGCCCUUUUAGGAGUUGUGGAUUUUAACUUUGCUUCUUUUGCAAAUUUGUUUUUCUGCGCAUAACUUAUUUUGAGGUUAUUACUACUUAACAAAGCUCUUUAGCACAUAAACUUUGCUUCCUUAAUAAAGAAAGAUCGAGUUCGAGUUGAAUUUAAGUCUAGUCAAAAAAAUUAUUACUUGGUUUGAGUCGAGUCCGAGUUCGGGACGGAUUUGGGUUGUAUUCAAGCUAUUCUAAACAAAAGUUGUACUUUUAACAAAAAGUUUGAUUUGUUAUAUGUUUAGACAUGCAUGUGCAAUCA